AUGGAUGCCACUGAAAUCUCCUUUGGGAUGGUGAUCCUGUUACAGAUCAGCAUUGGGCUCGCAGUGAACAUCCACCUCCUCCUGUUUUAUAUCUGCUUGGUCUCCAUUAAACACAGGCUCAGUUCCUCCGACCUGAUCCUCACCCACCUGGCCUUGGCCAAUGUCAUAAAUCUCCUCACCAGGGGCGUCCCGGACAUCUUGUCUCUUUGGGGGCUGAGGAAUUUCUUAGAUGAUGUUGGAUGUAAAAUCCUCAUCUACUUCCACCGAGUGGCUAGGGGUCUUUCCAUCUGCACCACCUGCUUCCUUAGUAUCUUCCAGGCAAUCACCAUCAGCCCUGGCACCUCCCGGUGGUCCAGAGUAAAAGCCAAAUUACCCAAGUGCGUCAUCCCCUGUUUCCUCUCCUUCUGGGUCCUCAGUCUCCUCAUAGACGUUUCUGCCCUGAUAUACAUUAUCGGCCCCCAGAACAUCACGGUGAUUGAGUAUUCUUUUAUGCUGACAUACUGUUCCUCAGUCAGCAUCAGUGAAGAAACCACGCUCCUUAACACUGCCAUAAUCUCUCUCCGAGAUCUGUUCUUCAUGUGGCUCAUGAGCGUGGCAAGUGGCUACAUGGUGUUUGUCCUGCACAGACACCACCGGCAGGUCCGACACCUCCACGGACCUGGUCACUCCCCCAAGGCGAUGCCCGAGGUCCAGGCAGCCAAGAGAAUCAUCUCCCUGAUGGCUCUGUACCUUCUUCUUUAUGGGCUAGAAAUAAUCGUGGUGCGUAUCUUCCUAAAUGUGACAAAUAAAUCUCUGCAAGAGAAUAGCAUCCUCGAUCUAUCACUCACUUUCUCAGUCAUCAGCCCAUUCCUGAUGAUUCAUAGUAACCAGAGGGUGAGACUUUGUGGGAAAAGGAAGCCCAUUUCCAACUUGGAUGCCUCUCUGGUUUGCCGGGAAGCUUCUAGCUCUCUUCCUGUGACCUCAGCGAAGCCUGACGGGAGAGUUUAG